UUUUUUAUUCUGAGUGCGACCAACCGCAAGAAAUGGAUGUGUUUCUAAUGAUCAGACGUCAUAAGACGACCAUCUUUACAGAUGCCAAAGAGUCUACCACAGUCUAUGAACUGAAACGCAUUGUGGAAGGUAUUUUAAAGAGGCCACCAGAAGAUCAGAGGCUUUAUAAGGAUGACGUGAUGCUUAACGACGGACAAAGUCUUGGAAAUUGUGGCUUCACAAAUCAAACAGCUCGACCACAGGCCCCAGCCACGGUGGGCUUAGCUUUUCGUCUGGGUGAUGAUUCAUUUGAGCAGCUGAGGAUUGAGUCUUUCUCCACUCCCCCAGAGCUCCCUGACGUCAUGAAGCCCCAGGACUCGGGCAGCACAGCCAACGAGCAGGCUGUUCAGUGAGGGAGGGUGCAGAGAAACGAUAGCGACGCAAAGGGGGUCCAGAGGGAGGCUGCACGGGGGGAGGGUGGGGUUGAUUUUUGGGAGGAGAUGCCUCAGCGUGAGAGUUUUACCCUGCCGACAACAGACCUUCAGCUGGGCAUAAACAUUUUCAAACACGGAUUCCCCUUGUGGUUAAUUUGAGGGUGGGCGCUUCAAAGUGAUUCAUUUGUCCUGAUAUCGGUGAACGCAUGCUAGAUAAAUUGAUAAUUUCACACAAGACCCUUCAGAGAUACCUGACGGACUUGUCACGACACUGUCAGUCAUCCAUGGGAGUGGUUAAGGCUGAACGUAAAGAAUUGUACCUCGUAUUUAAUUAAUUCUAGUCUUUUUGGGGGGUAAGGUUCUGCUGCCUUACUUGUGUUUUUUAUUUUGCUGGCUUAAAUGUGGGAGUUGAUAAGGUGUGACAUUUUUAGGCUUUUAUGUUUGUGUGUUACUUUAUUAAACUAUUACUAGGAUUUAACAUGUUUUUGGUCUUUGGCCUGAAUAUGUGUUGCGACAAUAGCUAGGAGUUUGUGAAUUUCUAAGUUACUAUCUGUAUUUCAAGAAACUUUUGGACAUCAUGAAUCUGAAAACAAAAUAGAUUCACUCAUUUGGCAGAAGAUCUGGCAUUAAGAUGAACAUUUCUUGGUAUUUUACGUAUCAGUAGUUGUAGUUUUCAUACUGUAGCUGCUCACAGAGGUUACUGAGACUGAAUGCGCUCAGUUGUGGGUAUCUACAACACAAGUAACACUGGUGUGGACCUGGUGUUGAAAAUGAAAUGAUCCACAGGCAAAGCAGCAAUCAAAAAUGAAUUGAUAAUGAUUAUUGAUUUGUUUUCAUUAUUUUUUACCUUAUUAACAAAGGUGGAGACUAACCAACCUUCCUCUCCAGUGUUUGAUUGUAGCCCAUUACAUCUUGGAGAUGUUGAUGCGUAGUAAACCUAAACCGCUUUAAGUUAAAACAAGUAGUUUAUCAUGUGAUGAGUUAUUUACUGUGCGUGUGAGUGGUGGGCUGCACAUUCGACUCUUCAUAAUUCAUCAAUCAUUGCUCUGCUAGGUUUAGUUCAUGCUGCAACUGUGUUGUAUUAUACACCAUGAAUACCUUAAUGCACAAUGUUUCCCUAAUAUAAAAGGUGAAUUAGUGGUAAACUCCUCUCCACAUCCAAAUAUCAAAUUGUAUAACACUGGUUCUCACUAUCCAGAAAACUAUGAUUAAAAAAACAAUAAUCCCCCAUUAGUUAUGACAGGAAACUAUUUUCUGACCUGGGGUGUUGAAAAAAUAGUUGACAAACACAUUUAAAAAUUGAGGCUGUUAAACAGUGGGACAUGAUCAAAGUUGCACUUGUAACUGAUUUAACAUUAAAACAACUGUUUUUCA